GGAAGGAAUGGAAAGAAUGAUCCACUCGCUCGCUCGUCGUAUGCUUCCCAAAGAUUCCACUCGCGGAGGGUUGCGAUCGAAGGAAACAGGGGAGGCGAGGAGGCCCGACGACUCGGUCGCCGAGAGCACAGGGAGGCCAGGAGGGCUUCACUACGCGGCCGCCGAAUGGGGGCUGACUUACUACAUGCCCAGCCCGGCCGCCGCACUUCCCCACUCUUUUGAUUUUUAAUCCCUCGCCCGGAUGAAUACAUUAUUGCCGGGGAAGGAAAGAGGGGGACGGACAAGGACAGCAAUACAAGGAGUCGUCGUCGUGCUUCCGAAUCCGUCCGCGCUCUUGCAAGCUUUCCAGUUCCGAGAUACCGCAGAAUCCAUCACCCGGCUCCCAAAUCUCUGUUCCCUCCCACCUGGGCAUAUGUGACGCUUUGAUCCAUGGCGAGUAGGAGAGGACGAAUCCGGUUCAACGUGGGUGGGAAGAUCUUCGAGACGACCGCCACCACCCUCGCCAACGCCGGUCGCCAUUCGAUGCUCGGUGCUCUCCUCGACGACUCCUGGAACCCCCGGCAGCCCGUUGAGGGGGAGGCCGCGGAUGCCGAGUACUUCAUCGACCGCAACCCGGCAUGCUUCGCCGUGCUUCUCGACCUCCUCCGCACCGGCGAGCUCCACGUCCCGCCCAACAUGCCGGAGAAGCUCCUCAACCGCGAGGCCCUCUUCUACGGCCUACUCGACCAAGUCCGCGCUGCCCGGUGGGGCCCGUUCGACGGUAACCGCCUCCAGCUGGUGGACUCCGUCUCUGGUCGCGCCCCCGGCGACGGCACGGCCAUCCGCGCUGGCCCGGAUGGCGGCUGCUGCGUCGCCCACGGCAGCAUGGUCCACGUCUACGACUGGAUGCUCGAGGAGCACCGUCCCAUCAGCCUCGACUACCAGCAGGUCAACGACGUCGGCUACAUCGACGCCGAGAGCAUCGUGAUCAGCGCCCGCGAGCGGCUGGGGAAGGGCGACGGCGGGAUGGGCGUGUUCUCCUCUUCUACGGGGGAGCUGCGGCAUCGGUUCAGGGUGUCCCACGACAACCAAGUCAAGAGCUUCACCGCUGGCGCUCUCAGCUUGGGUAGCUCGGACUACAAGAUUUUUGCCAGUUGCAAGGGGAGGUGCAACGAGUACGGGAUCGGAGUGUGGGAUCAGAUCACCGGGCAGCAGGUGGACUUCUUCUACGAGCCACCCGGUUGCUCUCUCGGCGACGCCGAUAAACUCCAAUGGCUCGACGGCGACAAGUGCUUGAUGGUGGCCACAUUGUUCCCAAGAACAGACAACUGUUUCAUCGGCCUGUUGGACUUCAGAGACAAGAGCGUGAACUGGUCCUGGUCUGAUGCAGGGACCUCUGUUUCCUUGUCGCUCGACGAGAAACGAGUCCUCCACGCAAUCGCCAUAGAAGAUAGCCGAUCUAUCUGCGUGGUCAACCAGUACGACGACUUGGGGUUCAUUGAUCUGAGGAGCAAUGCAGGGGGUGUGCGAUGGAGCUCAAGAAGCAAACUCACGAACAGGAAGGCUCCUAACGAAGAGAGCUGUUACCCGAAGCUCGCGACGCACAACGGGCAGCUCUUCUCGUCAAUGAACGACGGCAUCUCGGUGUUCUGCGGCCCGGAGUGGGUGCUGACCUCGACACUGAGGAGGAGCUACGGUGGUUCUAUCUGCGAUUUCUCGAUCGGAGGCGAUCGAUUGUUUGCACUACACAGCGAGGAGAAUGUGUUCGACGUUUGGGAGACACCACCCUCUCUCACCAUUUAACCGUUCUUCCAAUUACUCAUUAGUCAGUAAGAAAGAAGAAAAGAGUGGAGAUGAUGGUGCUUCCUUUCUUUUGUUUCCUCAUCGAUCUAAAGAUAUGAUUUACGAAUUUGUGGGUUCAUAGCUUGCAGAGAAUGGCUGCUUGACAGCAAUCAAAAUUCAGCAUGAUAGAAAAGAUGUUUGAGUGUGUUUG